AUGUUGGGCGGGGCUGCGUCGCCGGGCGGCGACGACCUGCUCACGGUAACCGUCGUCCGUGAUGAGCACGGGUACGGGAUGAAAGUUUCAGGCGACAAUCCCGUGUACGUCCAAUCUGUGAAGGAGCACGGGGCGGCGUGGCGCGCCGGUCUCCGGGCCGGCGACCGGAUCCUCCGCGUGGACACCGUCGCUGUACACAACCACACUCACCAGGAGGUGGUCCACAUGAUACGAGCUAACCCGACGACAGUGCUGACGGUACAACAGAACACGUCGCGAUGUCAGAAGAAGCCUAUGACUGUCACAGCGCCGUUCCCUGUCAAUUUGGAGAAACAAAGACAGUUGGAGGCGUCUAAAAUCGAGACGGUACAGAGAAUGCUUCGUCAGGAGCAAGAUUAUAUCAGGCAGUUGCGAAAUGAAAUUUCAAAAGUGCCGGACGUGAGAAAACAGACGCAGCUAGAAAUGGCGGAGAAGAGAUGUGCGACUUUGCAAAACGAGAUUGAUAUCAUGAAAGCUGGCCAGUUGGAGCUGUCGCCCUCCCAGCCGGCCGCGCCCACUCCGAGACUCGCCCCGCGAAGGACCAACCCGGAUAAAGCAUCGCCACAGAACAGUUUCCUCUCCGCCAUACCACGAUCACUCAGCAACCUAACCGGACAGAGCUUGAGAAAUCUCAGGCAGAAGCAAAGACAAGAAAACCAACCGCCUUUAGUCAGACAGAAUUCAGACGAAUCAAACAAUAAGAGGAGACAUAACAAUACAGUGCCAAUCGUGCCUACAACAUGCUUAGACAACGUCACACCGCCACCGUUACCACCGAGAUCUAUAGAGCGGCCGCCGAAGAGAACUCCUCUAAGCCCGACAAUGAUUACACCAAUAAACCCCCUAGCGUCGGGCUCACACAAACAGUACUACAAGAAACCGUUCCCAAUGCACCAGUCUAUGCCGCCCUAUAAAGAGGACAACAAAUUCAGAAGGUCGUCCCAGUCGUUAGACGGUGACCUCGACGGGCCCCAACCUAAUUCGAUUGCAUUGCAAAUGAAUUACCCGCUGGUGAAUCAGCCGCCUCCGCCUUUGCAGACGGACAACAGGACAGGCGUGCCUGUGUUGCAUGUGAGGAGUCGGUCCUCGCCGGAACAACUUGACCAUGAGUUACCUAGACCACCAGUGGCUCCCCCGCCGCCCGACAAGGAGGCGUGGGAGCGCGGCACCCCGCCGCCGGGGACUCCGCCCCCGCCGUACGCACACAACACACAGCCCUGCGCUGACCCCCAGAGAGCAAUCAUCUCCAUGGAGGAAGACGAUUCACCAGCUUCUGACAAUUCGACGUACAGCGGCCUGUUUUCGAAUCUUCGCUGCGUGCGAGAAUCCAAAGCAAGGACGGCCGUGCUUCUCAACUGGUUAUUAGGCGAAAGGAGGAACGCUACAGCGAGUCUAGUGUUAGUGCUGACAGAUGGGUACCGUAGUGCGAGCGGUGUGACAAACGCUACGUUGAGGCGAUGGGCCUAUGAGAUACAUUCCACCUUCCUUAUGCCUAAUGCGGUUUUACAACUAAAUGGAGUAGACGAGAAUAUGGCGAACGAAAUAGAACAUGUUUUAGUGAAUGAACAUGACAAAGACGAACUCCUGCGCAACGUUUUCAGAAAAGCGCGCCAGAAAGCGAAAGAAGAAAUGAGUAGACAACUCAGUGAAUUUCAGGUCAAGAGGCAGGUCGGGCUGGGAAUGCUGUACGGGCCGGAAGAUUCUGUUCUGGAGAGAUGUGAUGUUGAUAAGGCUCAGGAGGUGGUGGUGGUGGAGCGGCUGCUGUGCCAGCGCCUGAGCAGCCUGUGCGCGGGCGCGGCGCCGGGAGACGCGCACGCGCACGCCGCGCUGCUGGCCGCGCUCGUGGCCGCCGCGCUCUGCCUGCAGUGCCGGGCGGCGGCGGUGGCGGCGGCUGUGGGCAAUUCCCGUGCUUCGUUUUUACAACGCGACAAGUUGUACAAGCAGAAGGUGAAACAGCUCGCGAAACAACAUCCGCAACCGUUCAUAGUUAGAGGGCACCACCUGCAACUGCAGGCGUUGACGUCGGUGGGCCACUGCCACCACUGCGACAACGCCAUCUGGGGGCUCGCGCCGCAAGCUUACGUCUGCACGUAUUGCAAAUUGCGUGUUCACCGCGCGUGCGCCAAGCAAGUGGAGGAGGGCUGCUGUCUGGACACGGAGCACCACAACAACAGGAUCUCGCGGUUCAUGGAGAGGAUACACAGCAACCAGCCCAACUGUCAAGAUGCAAGUGACAAGAAAUCAAGGAAAGCGUCUGCUAACUCCCACUUUCUCAACAUGGAACGGAGCUUUCGCAAAAUGGAAGACGAGCCGCUUUGGGAUCAGACUCUCACGCCCACAUCUGUGCCAGGAGAAUCAAGAAGGGAAUGUUCAACGGAAGAGCAGACGGCGCCCGACGCCGACGUCGACACCAGUGACGCGAACAGCAAAGAUGUCACCGACAAGGAUAAUAAUUGGCGCACGGCGACACCUAGCGGGCGCGGCGUGAACCGCGCGGAGAGCUGUCGCGAGCGAGACGCGCCUCGGCGCGGCAAGCACCGGAACGCCUCCGAUCCUAACCGCUUGACGGCGCACAACAACCAUGACUUGGAGCCCUGCGCCGCCACAGCGCCCUCGGGGAGCUCCAGCAGCUCCAGCCUCUCGUCCAGGAGCAAUGAGAGCAACACGGUGGCUGCGGACCAGCAGGCAUCUCAAUCGGACUGGUCGGAGGAGGACGAGCCGCUAGCUGCCCAGUGGGCGGACAGCCUGCCCCCACACGUUCUGGACUCUAUAUCACUGUCACACACUCAUAGGAAACGGCAGGAGGUCAUACAUGAGCUAAUAGUCUCCGAAGGGUCGCACGUCCGUUGGCUCAAAGUCCUCGGAGGGGUGUUCCUCAGGCCGCUAGAAAGUCACCCCACUCUCCUCCCCCCCGAGGAGCUGAAGGCGCUGUUCCCGAAUCUGCCGGGGGUGCGGGAGCGUCACGCGAGGCUGUACGCCGAUCUGAAGACGUUGAAGCUGGAAGCGCCUGCGCAUAUUGUGCCUAUAAGGCCGUUGGCUGAUACUUUGUUGAAUACGUUGGGUGAAUCUGGCUACUCGGCGUGCCUGGCCCGCUUCUGCCGCGGCCAGCGCAUGGCCCUGGACUCCUUGCGGGAGCGGAGGAGGAAGAACAAGGAGCUGCAUCAGUUCCUGGCGGCGAGGGAACAGCUGCCCCUGUGCGGGAGGCUGCAGCUGAGGGAUCUGCUGGCUUGCGUCUGGCAGAGACUAACAAAAUACCAGUUACUACUAGAGAGCGUUAUAAAAACCGUGGACGAGAAUGAAGGUGACUCCGCUGAGGAUAUCGCGAGGCUGAAGCGAGCCCUCGACACCGCCAAGGAAGUGUUGCACAGUGUCGACACAGCCAUCAGAACUGCCGAGAAUGAACACAGAUUACGCGCGAUCCAGAGCAAGUUGGAGGUGCGAGUGCCGCACAGCGGCGGCGAGUGGGAGGACGUGAGGAAGCUCGACCUCACCCACCACAAGCUUCGUUACGAGGGCGAGCUCACCAUGCGCAACGACAGCAACAAGAAGAUCAGCGUGCUGGCUCUGAUGCUGGAAGACUGCUUGGUGUUGCUACAUCGGGAAGGUGACAAGUUUCUCUUAAAACCCAUACCGCAACCCAGCCAGCCGGGGUUACUGUCUCCUCUUAUCAAAUGGGAUAAGGUACUGUUUCGUCCCAACGCGGCUGUGAGGAACACUUUCUUCCUGAUGAAUAUCAAUGGCGUUCAGAUGCAUGAACUCUCGUCUACGCCUUCUGAAUAUGCCAAUUGGGUGAAGCAUAUCCAAGACUCUCCCCUCGCGAAGUUGGCUGAAGCCAAAUCUAACAUCACGCCUUCGCACCAGCCCAGCAGGUCUACUGAUGAUUCAGGCAUUAACGUGUCCCGAAAUCCUUCUGACGCAUCAGAGAAAUCGGAAAAGUCCGAGAAAUCUAAUCCUCCCUCCGAAGACAUUCCCUCAGAGAGCGAGCGAGACAGAGCAUCUGUAGAGCGGAGUUCCACUGAGAGGGAAAGAGACGACAAGAGGACGGACAGGGAGGAGAAGGAAACUGAAGUCGCCGAAAGAGAGGAGAAACAUACCCCCCGGCGGCCCACGGUGGGCCGCAUCAGCACGCACGGCGCGCCGCCGCCGCCGCUGCAGCCCGCCGCCGUGCGCGUGGCCGCGCCCGCCGCGCACUGCGCCGCCACCGCCGUCACGCCGCAAGAGCGCCUGCGCCGCAUAGACUCGGGCAUCGGGCGGCUGCUGCGCGCCAAGGCGGCGCUGGUGGGCGAGCUGCUGGCCGUGCCGCGCGGCUGCUACGCCGAGGUGUGCGAGCUGGCCGUCGCGGACACGUUGGGACAAGUUGAUGUCCGCAACGAGUUGCGUCUGUGGCGGCAGUCGUCGCGGGGCAGCAGCGACGAGGACACCAGUGCGGAGCCCGACUUGAAUCAGUUGCUGUUAGCUGCGCAUGCGCAGACCAGCCACUUGUUAGAAGGCCUGUCAAAGAUGAUGACCGUGUCGGAGUCGGCGGCGGUGGCGGCGCGCUCGCGGCGCGGCCGCUGCGGCCGCUGCUGCCGGCGGCUGCUGCGCGGCUCCACCGGCGGCAGCAGGGACGAACCACCUUCAGACCCGCCCGCUUCAGAAAAACCCACUUCGCAAGAAGCGGGUGUCGCGAGCGAGCCGCGGCCCCGACCGGAGUUGUCGACGGCGAGCGCGGCCGACUUGUUGUCCGACACGUCGUUCGAUAUGUUGUCGGACCUGGACGUGGGUGUCGACGUGGAAGACGAUCCGGAUGAUGAACUUGACGCGGAUCUAUCCAGCGCAGAAAUGGCCGCCAGACUAUCGACAAUGGCGAGCGGAUUAAAUGGAACUCUGUCUAGACUGUUGGCCGCGUAUCCCGCGUUGGAGGCGUCGCGGCGGGCGCUGAGGAACGAGCUCAGCGCCGUGAGGGAGGCCAAUGACGCGCUUAGAGCUAGAUUUAGGACUGAUCAUCAAAUGACAGACGAAACUGCGUUACCUAAAGUAGGCCCGGACCAAUCCAUACAGGAUCAGCCGAGCAACGGGGGUUGAUCUCGCUACCAAGACGAAACAAUAUCGAAUUGACUUUAUCGAUGACAUCCAUCACUAACCAAUUGUUAAUCGUUGCUGGCCCAGCGAGCUACUGGCGCCGCCCGGCGGACGAAUGCGGAACUAAAACAUCUUCACAAACGCGACUGUGGCGCCCUCGCCUCUUGACGUAAACGAUACGAUGUUUUCGAAAUCCGUUUAGCAUUUAUUUUCACUCUGUCAUCGGUUUUAGUUCGAAUUUGACUCGAAUGUGUGUAUCCAAAACUUGUGUAUAUUUUGUAAUAAUUGUUAUUUCCUUUUUUUGUAAUAAAUUAACACUUAUAAGUACUAAAACACAUUACGUAGUAUUAAAAUAUUAUUAUGAUUUUUAUUCCAUAUAUAAGUUAUAUGUGAUCAAGAAUUAAGUAGAAAAUAUAGUUUACCCUGUAAUUAUUGAAUGUUCUUUUUCCAAAAUUACGAAUAAUAAGUUAUAUGGUUUUUCUUUUUGAUAGUUGAUGUAAAUAAGUACACGUGUUAGAUGAUAUACGUAUAUAACUCGACCAUAUUAUUGUAUGUUAUAUUUUUCUGUAUUAAAUAAUGAUAAUAAUAAAAAACAUAUUCGCUGUUAUUAGAUGCGGUAAAUUACUCUUUUGGACAUAUUUAUGAAUGUAUUCGAUUUGAAAGUAUUACGUAUGACAAUAUAUCUCGAUUAAAAGAACGUGUUUAAAAAAUGCACAGUGUAUUUUCGAAAUUAAAAAAUUGAGAUUCUCUUUGGACCGAUCGAUGACGUCAUUUUAAAUUAUUUAUCGAUUAUUAUAGUUUUUUUUAUUCGAGCGAUUAUUAAAUCGAUAUUUGUUGGACGCGUCGCGAUUUAAAUUGUAAUAUUCGCUUUUAUGUGGUAGAAAUGAGGGAUAAAUGUUAUGUUUUUUUUUAAUAACAUAAUAUGUGCAUGUUAAAUCAAAUUUAUACUGAAAAUUCCUUAAAAUUUAUUCAUCCAAAAAUUCAUGCUAUUAAAAGUAGUUGUCAAUUUGAAAAACAAAUGGCGGUAAAUCUAAAAAUUCGUUUAUCUAUACAUUUAUUAUUACGGUAAUUCAUAAAUAUUAUUAUUAGAACUAUUUUUCCAAUAACAAUAACUACUAUGUGUGUCUUGCACUUCAUAUCUUCUUAAAUAGAAUGUUGAACCCUCAUUUCUGCAUAUUUAGAUAUUAGUUUUAUGUAAAGAAAGUCAUCCUCAGGCCAAUGCUAUUAGGCCUCUGUUUACCAAGCUGAGACCCUGUCUACCCCGUCGGGGAUCAAGACGAGUAUGUAUGUAUGUACAGACACAAAGUGCCCUAACUACAGUACCUUGAUUAUGCCAUAUUUUGUGCUCAUAGAUUCACAAACACUUAAAAUAUAAGCUGUUUAAUUUAUACGAGGUGUGUGCAAGGCGUUGUAAGUAUAUGUAGGUUUGUUUGUUCAAAUUAAACUGAUUAUAGAACAAUAAGAUACAUUUUAAAUUGCAAAAUAAUAUUUAGCCAAGAAGAGAUUACUUCCAGUGUUGCAAUAAAUUUAUUAGUAAUUAUUUUUUAAUACCAUCUUAUCAUGGACCCCCACUAUAUAGUGGGGAUCCGGCUUGCUGUGCCUACAGGGGUAAAAAAGGUUAUAAAUAGUUUGUCACUUUUAAUGUGAUAACGUAUUUUUUUGUAAUACAUUAACUAAUUAAAAUCAUAUUUUUUAGUAGUCGGUACAUAAGACAUGGUUUGAAGUUAAUAAUUUCUGUGUGUUGUGUAAUGUUUUCCUUUAGAACGAACUUCAUUCCUUAUUUAUUUCUAGAGAAAAUAAAAAUAAUAAAUUGCACACAUUUAACUGGAGUUAUUUUUUUUAUUGACAUAAGCUUUAUCAAAAGUUGAUAACUUAAAAAUUCACUCGUAAUGAUGAUUGAACGAUCAUUCCAUAAAACUACAACGCCUUUAUACAAAAUUAUAACCUAUAUUUUAAAUAGCUUGUCAUAACAUAGUAAUCAGUGUACCUAAUAUAUAAAUAACAUAGUGUAACGCCAUUGUAAUAGCCACAUUUAUAUGAACAUAUACGAUGUGAAUAUAUAAAUAUAUAUAUAUAUACUAUAUGUUUUGUACCGUAGGUUAGGAGUAGACCAAAAUGAACCCAUCCAAUUUUACUUUUGUAUGUAUGAGCUUUCAAGGUUGAUUGAUAUAUAUAUGUUGUAAGAAUCAUACAGAUUUUGGUCAUAGUGAUUGUAUGAGAAUGAAGAUAAAAAUGUACAGUUAUUUUGAUCUCCUUUUGGUAUAAUUUAUUAUUAGUCAUGUGUAUGUUUUUGAAGAAAGUUCUUAAUUUUUUUUAUACCUUUUACCGAAGUACUAGCUUUAUUAGCUAUGGCAGUAAUAUUGUAAGCUGUUUUGUGUGAACCACCUACAUUUAAAUUUUUUAUACAUAUAGUUAACUUUGAAAUUGAAUGAGAUCGUUCUUUUCCUAGUUAUUUUUGUUAGAAUACGUAUCAGUAACCAUGAACCAGACGAAUAUACAUUGUUUUUACUAUAACUUAUACACAAACCUUAAUAUUAUUAUUUUGUUUUAAAUUUAUUACAAUCACUAUGUCCAAGCCUUUUAACGCAUCAAAUACGGAAAAUCAUGAAUAUUCCCUUACUAAUCAUUGGGGUCCCACGGGGUCCAUUGGGCCCCAAACAUCACCAGGGACCCCUUUCCAUUCGCUUCCUGUUCGCUUUAACACUGCAUAUGACAAAUAUUGUAAUAAAUAGUUAGUGGUAUAAAUAAAAAUACCGUUAUACAAAUGUA